GCUCCGUCCACAUGGCUCCGCGGACUAUCGGUGAGCGUAGGUUAACUCAAAUACUAACGAUUGUUCACCAUUUUCGGUGUCACCGAUAGCAAGCAUCCUCACUGCGAUCACUACCUUAUUAUCAGCUACAUCCCCUUUACCUCGAUAUACGUCCAACCACAGAUAACUCCAUAUUUCAAAGUCCUGCGAAGGCGAUAAGCAAGAUGACCCCAAACCCAACGGCUAAACCCAACCUUACCACCAAUGACUCCGCCGUCCUCCAAGCCCUCUUCGACGCCGAAUCCUCCCCCUCCAACUCCAUUACCAUUAACUCUUCUCUCCCCGCUUAUCCAGCCCACCUCAACAUCACCCCAGAGCUCCUUCAGACCCUGCAAUCUCGCGAGGUCUCUAUAAUCCGAACCCUACAAUCCGAAACCACCUUGGACAUCUCAACCAUCCAACAAGCGAUCAAGGAUCUCGACACCCUUAUCGCUCAACAUCCAACUUACCCAUCCGCAUACGUCAACCGCGCGCAAACGCUCCGUAUUCUCAUUGACAAGACCAAUACUACCACUGAGAGCAGCGGUCAAGACAAUGACGACGACAAGAUCUUUGCCCCCGAAAACACAGAGCCCGCAUCCACGUUACUAGCAGACCUAGGGAAUGCUAUUACACUAGCGACGCCUCGGUCACCUGCUGAUCCGGUGUCAACAGUCCAGGCGCGCUUGUUGGCGGAUGCGCAUACGCAUCGCGGGUAUUUGCUACUCAAAGCGGCGAGAGUGAAGAAGGAGAGGAAAGAGGGAGAAAUUAUCGGUGGCCCGGAACAGUUGCGUGCCGUGGAGCCGGAGCAGUUGGAGGAUAUGGCUAGUCGCGAUUUCUUCUUUGGGGGCAGGUAUGGAAAUAAGGUUGCACAGCAGUUGGCAGUGCAAACGAACCCGUAUGCGAAGAUGUGUGGGGCAAUUGUGAAGGAGGCCUUGAGGAAGGAGGUUGUGGGUGAUGAUGUGGUGAAGAUUUGAUUUGUUUACUCGAAUUAGCUGGUUUGGGUGCUUUGCGGGGGGGUGUAGUUUCGUUUUGGAUGCUUGUUACAUUCGUGUCUUACAAUUUGUCAAUUUGUCUCACAUACCCAGAUGAACGCGGAU